UGCUGACGGAAGAGGGCGGGGAAAUUGGAGAGUCAGCCGGCCCGCUGAGGAGGUGGUGGAGGAGGGGCGGGGGGGACGAAGAGAGCGAGCUGGAGGCGGCGCCUCUGCUGCUGGCGACAAAAGAGCCGGGAGACGGCGGCGGGCCUGGCCGGACGGGUUUGCCAAAAUGCUUUCAGAUUCUUAAGUUACUCCGAGCCAGAAGUCUGUGUGGACUGAGGGAUCCUGAGAGCAGAAGGAGCAGCCAGGAGGACUCGGUGCCAAUGCAGCAACAAAAAAGACAGCCAGAGUUAGUGGAAGGAAAUCUUCCUGUCUUCGUGUUCCCCACCGAGCUCAUAUUUUAUGCAGAUGACCAAUCAACGCACAAACGGGUGUUGACCCUCUACAAUCCUUAUGAAUUUGCCUUAAAAUUCAAAGUUCUUUGUACAACUCCAAAUAAAUAUGUCGUUGUGGAUGCUGCAGGUGCAGUGAAACCUCAGUGUUGCGUUGACAUUGUGAUUCGCCACCGCGAUGUCCGGCCGUGUCACUAUGGCGUAAUCGACAAAUUUCGGCUCCAGGUCUCCGAGCAAAGCCAGAGGAAAGCCUUGGGGCAGAAAGAAGUCAUUGCUACUCUGGUCCCCACCGCCAAAGAGCAGCAACAGAAGGAAGAGGAGAAGAGAAUCAAGGAGCACCUGACUGAAAGUGUCUUUUUUGAGCAGACUCUGUGUCAGCCAGAACACAGAAUUGCCUCAUCGGGGCCUAGUUUACUCACCGUCUUCCUGGGAAUCGUGUGCAUUGCUGCUCUCAUGCUUCCCACAUUGGGAGAAGUGGAUUCCCUGGUGCCUCUCUACCUCCAUUUAAGUGUGAAUCAGAAGUUAGUCGCUGCUUAUGUAUUAGGUCUCAUCACCAUGGUUAUCCUGAGAACAUGAGUGAUACUUUAAUUGGAUGUCAAGAUCCUUUUUUCUUUUUCUUUUUACUGUGUUUGUAAAUUCACAUCAUGAAUGUGGACUGCCUUUAAUUCCCAUUUGGCUCAUUAAGAUGCUAUAGGAAAAAAAAAUUCAAUGAUUUACAGUUCUUUCUUUUUUUAAAAAAGAAAGUUAUGUUUUAACUCUGUUUAACUGAAAAGACUCGAGCGCUCAGAGGUGCUUCUGUUACAGACAGCUGUAAGUUGUUUAGUGACAAUAUCUGUGAAAUGAAUCCGGAGAACCUUUUAUAUCUACGCCUGCUGUACAAAAAUCUUAUUAAAGUAACACUUCAUUGUUUUUAAGUUCAUGGUCACAUCAGUGUUUAAUCACCAUAAGAGCCAGCAGUCCUGUCUGCUCCAUGCCUGUAAGUAUUGCAGUUAGAGCUAAACGACUUUAUGUAGAGAUUUUGAAACAAUGAAUAACAGGAUGGUUGGGCGCCGUACAGAGCCAAUCAUCUAACGGUGGAAGCUGUAAAAAAAAUGCAAAACGAAAUGGACAGUAUCAUGUUUACAUAAGGAAAUUGUUUGUUAAUACAUCCUUCACAAAUGUGGGGCACAGGGCUUUUUCUCUCAGCUGUGGUAUCCAUUUCUGUGAAACAUAUUGCCUCAGUACCUGCGCAUUGAUGCUUAACCUUGACAACUUUUCAGCAAGGAAGAGCUUGGUAUGGAAUCCACUCCCUCUGGGGGAUGGAGACCAACAUUCCCUCGAUCGGUAUUAUCUACCUGACUAUGUAUAGUGACAAAGACGACGUUUCUAUCAACGUGUGUGUUAUUAAAUAUGUGCUUGGUUUCCCUCUUUUUGCAAAAAAACAAAAAACAAACCUGACAUUGAUGCUUUAUUUCUGCGACCUGUAUAUUUAUCUCUCUUGUUGACUCAUUGAUGGAAAUAAGUUAUUGUCUCCUUGGCAUCCCCAGUAGAUCUCCUUUGUCUAGUUCAAAAGAAUCGCUCCCCGCUCUGGUUCUUUUCUCUGGAUCCAGUCACAACUGUGUUUUUGUUCGUUCAUUCUCACCCCACACUGUUUUUUAAAAGUCUAAUGCACUUUGAGCUCUGUAAAGAAUGUUUUGGAAAAUUAAACCUUUUCCCCACCCCACA